AUGAUGAGUUUAAGGUUCCAUUUCUAUUUCUUGAUCUUGUAUGCAAGCAUUAUUAUCCCAACUAAAUGUUUUGGUAACAUCUGCCUGCCAAAGGAUCAUUUUGCCUUAUUCAUUUUCGGGGAUUCAAUAGUUGAUGUUGGAAACAAUAACUAUAUCAAUACAACUACUUAUCUCCAGUCAAAUUUUUGGCCUUAUGGGGAAAGCUUCUUCAAGUACCCCACUGGGAGAGCUUCCAAUGGCCGCCUCAUUCCAGAUUUCAUUGCUGAGCAAGCAAACUUGCCGCUAAUUCCACCAUAUCUACAUCCGGGUUAUAAUCGGUACACUGAUGGGGUUAACUUUGCAUCAAUAGGAGCUGGUGUUCUUGCUGAAACUCGUCAAGGUUUGGUGAUUGACCUAAACACUCAACUCGAUUAUUUCAAGAACAUCGAGACACUGUUAAAGCAAAAACUAGGUGAAGAAGAAGCCAAGACGUUGCUGGUCAAAGCUGUUUACUUAAUAUACAUUGGAAGCAACGAUUACAUUGUCCCCUUCACCACAAACCCCAGCAUCCUUCAAUCCUACUCUCUAGAAAAAUAUGUAAAUAUGGUGAUUGGAAACUUGACAACUGUGAUCAAAGAAAUAUAUAAGAAAGGAGGAAGAAAAUAUGUGUUCUUAGGCUUGCCACCUUGGGGUUGUAUCCCAUAUAUAAAAGCACAAAUACCAGGAAACACAGGUGCAUGCAUGGAGAAACUUACGACACUAGUAAAACUACACAAUAGGGCACUUUCUAAAGUCCUUCCGAAGCUAGAGAGCCAGCUCAAAGGAUUCAAAUAUUCAAUGGCCGAUUUCUACUCUUUUCUUAUUGAAAGAAUAAAUAGCCCAUCAAAAUAUGGUUUUACGGAAGGGAAGAUUGCAUGUUGCGGAACGGGUCCGUACAAGGGAAUUCCGAGUUGUGGAGGAAGAAAAACAGUAAAAGAGUACGAAUUAUGUGAGAACAUUGGUGACUAUGUAUUCUUUGACUCUGGUCAUCCUACUGAAAAGGCCUACCAGCAAUUUGCAGAGUUAAUUUGGGGUGGAACUCCCAAUAUCACGGGUCCUUACAAUCUCAAAACAUUGUUUGAACGCUGAUAUAUUUAGAUUUAAUUAAU